AUGAGCAACUCUCCACUCCGAGUUGUUAUCCGUGUUUGUGUCACAGACAUCCCAGCCAACCCUCAAGAAAGGGUCUAUCGUCUCGGAUGCGAUUUUGCUGAACAGAUUCUUCGUCGACCGUACAACAACAAUUUACGGGAUGAUUGUCACGAUGCUAUGCAUUUCCUUCCGAAUUGUGAGUCGGAAAAUAGCCUGAGAGCUUGGUUUGUUUACGAUUUCAACGUUACCGAGCCAUUGGACAAGACACAAGUCUUGACCAUUUCGCAUGCGGUUUAUCAUGCUACACGACAGGGAGAACCUUGGUGGGUUAGGAGUCUGAGGAGGGGGAAGUUGGUAAGCUAA